CCAGUAUCGGGGGUCAGGGUGGCGGCGUCCUGGUGGAGGGGGCCGAUGGAGAGCGACUGCCGGAUCCCUGUGGCCUGCUGUCGGCCUCGAGUCCUCGUCCUCCACGCGCUGUUUUGGGCCCUCGUCUCCCUCAGGGUGUUUGGAGUGGCUCUGCUGAGUGAAGAAAGAACUCCAGCGGUGAAACAGGUGGCCGCCCCCUGCUGGCUGCUGGAAGAGUUUGUGGUGACGACAGAGUGUUCGCAGUGUAGUGCCUUCCAGACCACGUCGUGGUCUUCCUGCGGACUGACGGGAUACGUGGAGAGAGUCAACUGCACCCGAUCCAGUCGAGACGAGUACAAGAGCUGUCGCUCUGCAGUGAUGGAGGAACAUCUCUUCUGGAAGUUCGAGGCGGCCAUGUUGGGCCUGACGGCGGUCUUCUCCGUCCUGGUGGUCAUCCGUCAGCGCUGGCUGGACCGCCUCGCCUCGGAGAAGGUCCGCCGCCAGAUCGAGUCCAUCUAGGACCCGAGACCCGGACCCGACUCUGAGAGGAGGGAGCAGGACUAAAGCCUGCAGACUGGUUGUGGUCUUUAACACUUCACUUCAGCAGACCUGGUCCUCAUUGAGACUAGACAGACCUGGUCCUCAUUGAGACUAGACAGACCUGGUCCUCAUUGAGACUAGACCUGGUCCUCAUGGAAUUACAUUCGGUAAAGACUUUUAUUUUGAGUUCUUAAUAUUUAGUCUUUUUAUUCAUUAUAAUUAUCUUUAGUUUUUCUGUUUCUGACUAAAUAAACAAACUAAAGAAUCUAAA